AUGAACGCGAGGAAAACUUCAAUAUCAAAUCUAAUGAACGAUACAUCGACAAGUUCUGGACCACCUGCGUCAACUGGAUUCAACUUGACAAACAUUUUAAACGAGGAACCACCUCCAACGCAACAUUACCAUCACCACUCCAAUAGUAAUAGUAAUCCACAACAGCUACCACCCCCAACUAACGAACUUUACUAUAACUCAACUUCUCGCGCUACACCACUGCAGCAACAUCAUUAUCAACACGCGACGCCUUCUAAUCAAACUUCUCACCAUCACCAGCAUAAUCUCUCUUCACAAACAGAACUUCAACCGCAACAGCCACCACCACCAUCACAACCGCAUAUGUCAGAUGUUGAAAUAACUCAUCCUCCUGACUUGAAAAUUCACCAAAAAUCAUCAAGAGCAAAGAAUACUCCAAUGUCAAUUUCUGCGCUAAUUGAUCCAUCAACUGAAUCAGCACAUAAUACUAACAAUACCAAUAAUAAUCUACCUCCGAUGGAGAUAUCACCAUCUAUUUCACAACAACGGUAUCAUCCACAUGAUCAAUAUCAACAUCUUCCUAUGCAGGAAGAGAUAAAUCCUCAUGUUGGAAAUGCGAUUGACAUUAAUGGUGCAAAUAAUAUAUCUAUUAAUACAACUACCCCAAAGAUACCACCAAAAGAACCGAAAGGUGUGGCGAAACGCCCUAGCCAUAGUCCGCAGAAAAGAAGACCUUCUGAUGCCAAUGAUUUUGGAGCACAAAAGACAAAAAUUCCGCGUACAUCUCAUUCACAGAACCAUUAUCAUUCAGGUGCUCCACCCUCAUCUGCUGUCGGUGGUCACAAAAUGAAUGACUUAGUGGAACAUCUUGGUGAAGAUCGUAAAUAUGUAGAACAUCAACAUCUCGGUGAAGACCGUAAAUAUUAUCCUGUUACCGGCGUUCCGCCAUCCUCUCAUCAACCUGCAAUGGAUUGGGAACGUAAUCGAUCACAAUCGCACCUACAACAAUCGCAGCCACCUCCAAUUUAUCAGAAUCGAUUGUCAGAUAACGGUGGACAGUCUUCGAUCUCCAAAGAUUCAUCAACAUCAUAUCCUCAGACUAAAUCAACAACAUUCUCGCAAUGUGGUCCAAACGAUCACAGAGCAUUAAAGUUUGAAUCACCUCAGCACGCAGUUAAUGGAUUUUCUCAUGUAUCGCAAGUAGGUGCAAUGGAAAUGACACCACCUCUACCGCCUCAAUCAAUUCAUCAUACGCCGACACCAAAUGGACAGAUUUCUGUUUCGAGUCAAUUUCCAGAUAAAUAUCGUUCAAUGGUACGUAUAACUUCGUCUUGUGAUGGCUACCCUAUCGAAUUUGCCCCGCCUUCUUUGGAAUGA